AGAUUUCUGUUUUUAUGCUGCACCAGCUUCAAAAGAAACACUGAAUUGAUCAUAUUUCGUUCUGUACUUUUAUCGAAUUACGUAAGGAUAUAUUUGUUUUUAAUACAAUGUCCUUUUUCUUAAAACGCACCGCUGGUGCGGCUAGCAGUAUGGGACGAGUUAUGUUAAAUAACGCUAGGUCUCCUAUCGUUCAGCGCGUAGCCUGUAAAUCGGACCAAACCACACCACAAGUUGAAACUCGGCCCACUGUUGCUAAAUUAGAUCCUCUACAGAAAGCUCAACUUGUUGACUUUGGAAAAUAUGUGGCCGAAUGUUUACCUAAAUACGUGCAGAAAGUGCAACUGACAGCAGGAAACGAACUAGAAGUGCUGAUUCCUUUAGAUGGUGUGAUACCAGUGCUACAGUUCCUCAAAGACCACCACAGUGCACAAUUCGCCAAUCUCGUUGAUAUAGCGGGCAUGGAUGUGCCUUCCCGACCAAAUAGGUUCGAGAUUAUAUACAAUCUCCUAUCCUUACGGUACAAUGCUCGAAUCAGAGUCAAAACUUACACAGACGAGUUGACUCCGGUGGACUCUGCGUGCGACAUCUUCAAAGCCGCAAACUGGUAUGAGAGAGAAAUAUGGGAUAUGUAUGGUGUGUUCUUUGCUAACCAUCCAGAUUUGAGGAGGAUUCUGACAGAUUACGGAUUUGAGGGCCAUCCGUUCAGGAAGGACUUCCCGCUGAGUGGUUAUGUGGAGGUGCGCUAUGAUGAUGAACAGAAGCGCGUGGUGGUGGAGCCUUUAGAGUUGGCGCAAGAGUUCAGGCGCUUUGAACUGAGUGCACCCUGGGAACAGUUCCCGAGCUUCAGAAGCAAUCCCGCUACAGAAGAAGUUGCCAACCCAGCGGGAGACAAACCCAAGCAAGAAUAACUUAUUAUAUAUGUAAAUAAUUAAUAAAUCAAUUAGAUACAAUGCUGAGACUUUAAUUAUUAUUUAUUUAUCAGACAUAUCUUUCUGUCUGCGCUCCAUACAGAGAGUUUAUAUAUGUAGUAAUAUUUAUUGCCACCAUACAAAUUCGAUGCAGAGAUAUAUAUAUGUACAUAAGAUAUUAAAGUGUAUGAAUUUAAACAUCUAUUUUCAAUAAUCCCACAUGCUCUAUUUGACUCCACAUGUAGUAAUAGAAGAAUAAAAAUUGUUUAUCGCUGGCAAUCAAAUUACAUAAAAGAAAA